CAGAAGUACAAACAGGCGUGCGUACACCAACAUAUCCGACAAUUCCUUUUGAGUUCUUCCGCCAUCACCAACGUUGUACCAAACAAAAACAAAAAAACAAACCAAUUUUCGAUCACCAACAACUCAACCCACUAAACCCUUUUGAUUCCAAUGUCUCAAAAACAACCUCUAAUAAUCAGAGACAAAACCCAGAUGCGAAACUGGUCAAGGUCAAUGAGAUCCCAAUCCAAACUCAUUGCUUUCGUUCCCACCAUGGGUUACCUUCACCAAGGCCAUCUUUCUCUCAUCACCGAAGCUCACAAACACGCCAAUGUUGUAGCAGUAUCAAUCUACGUCAACCCGGGUCAGUUUUCACCUAACGAAGAUCUUUCUACCUACCCUUCUGAUUUUGAAGGUGAUGUUCAGAAGCUUUUGUCUGUUCCUGGUGGAGUUGAUGUUGUUUUUAAUCCUAAGGACUUGUAUGAUUAUGGGGAGAGUGAGGGUGGUGAGGGUGGUGGUGGUGGUGGUGGUGAUGGGGUGGUGUCUUGUAUUGAGAAGAGUGGUUUGGGACAUGAGAGUUGGGUUAGAGUUGAGAAACUUGAGAAGGGUCUUUGUGGGGUGAGUAGGCCAGUUUUCUUUAGAGGGGUUGCUACUAUUGUUGCUAAGUUGUUUAAUAUUGUGGAGCCUGAUGUUGCUGUGUUUGGGAAGAAAGAUUAUCAGCAGUGGAGAGUUAUUCAGAGAAUGGUUCGCGAUCUUGAUUUUUCCAUAAAAGUGGUAGGUUGUGAAAUAACAAGGGAAAACGACGGCCUAGCAAUGAGUUCGCGCAACGUACAUCUCUCAUCUGAAGAUAGGGAAAAGGCGCUAUCUAUAAACAAAUCAUUAUCAAGAGCCAAGUUAGCCGCCGAAGAUGGUCAGGUGCAAUGUGAGAAAUUGAGGAACUUAGUCAUCCAAUCUAUUACUGACGCUGGUGGAAGAAUCGACUAUGCUGAGAUUGUUGAUCAACGGAGUUUAGAGAAAGUGGAGUUGAUCAAAAGUCCUGUUGUGUUCUGUGUUGCUGCAUUUUUUGGGAAGGUCAGGCUUAUAGACAACAUGGAAAUCAACUUAUAAUUAAUCUAACUUUCUUUGUCACAUAGCUAUUGGUUAGUAGUUCUAACAGUUCAUAGGGUACAAAACAUAAGGGAUAUUUUUCGAAAAUCUAUGCAUGAGAUGCAUUUAUCCGCCACAAGAAAUUCUAGGAGAGCUGCUAUACAGAAUUCAAAUAAAUGCUAAAUAACAACUUCAUGACAGUGGAGGAGUGGAUUGAAGUUUUGUGACUGCAAAACAUGGAUUGAAUAAUUUGUACUA